UAGUCAUUUGUGCACCAAGUAACAAUACACACUAGUUUAAAUAGAAAUAACACUUCUACAUUCCGAAACAUACAGCUGCGCUUUUGGAAUCCACAGUAAUAAGCAGAAAUUUACCAGUUCAGAUAAUAUUUUUUUCCAACAUUUCCACAAGUCCAGCUUACUGGUACGACAUCAGUGAAAAAGCACGACACCUAACUCCGUAGACCAAGCGCCGGACAGCUGCAACUUUGCGCCAAUCUGCGUACGUACUCGGCAACACGCUCCUCCGCAGGAAUAUUGGCGUACACACACCAUACCAGAGAGGCAGAGACGGUCAACUCCUGUAGCCGCGCGUUUCCGUCCUUCAAAAUCCCCGUCCCCUCGGCACAAGCUCCAAGUUAAGUUUCUCCCCCGCGGGUGUCUCGUCUCGUGUCGUGUCGCUCGCCAUGGAGCGCGAGAGAAACGGCGGCGCGGCGGCCGCGGGCGAGGAGGACAACGGCUUCUUCUACCACGACGACGCGCAGGUGGAGGCCAUGCAGCGGCGCGUGGACGCGGCGGCGCCCUUGGCCGACGACGACCCCUACACCAUCUUCCGCCUCCCCUCGGCUGUGCGCGAGCGGCACCGCGACCUGUACGAGCCCAAGGUCGUGUCCGUGGGCCCGUACUACCACGGCCGCGCCGGCCUGGGCGCCGCGCAGCAGCACAAGUGGCGCCUCCUCCGCGACUUCCUCUCGCGGUCGCGGGGGAAGAAUAAGCAGGCCGCCGCCGGUGGCGGUGGCCUCGGCGCGUACGUGCGCGCCGCGCGCGAGGUCGAGGCGGACGCGCGCCGGUGCUACGCCGAGGGGUUCGGCCUGGGCGCCGACGAGUUCGCGGAGCUGCUGGUGCUCGACGGCUGCUUCCUUCUCGAGUUCUUCCUCAAGAAGGGCGAGGGGCAGCUCGCCGCGCCCGGGGGCGCCAAGUGGGCGUGGCACCACAUGUACCACGACGUCCUGCUGCUGGAGAACCAGAUACCCUUCUUCGUCAUCGAGAAGCUGCACGGCGUGGCCUUCGCGGCCGGCGGCGACGACGGCGGCGCCGAUGAGCGCGACGCGCUCCUGGACGUUUUCUGCAAGGCCUUCGCCGGCGACCUGCCGUCGAGCCGCGUCAUCCGGCCACGCAGCGACAAGACCAUCCACCACCUGCUGCACCUGCACUACGAGUGCAACGUCCUCAACCCAGCCGCCGAUAGCGACAAGGCCCGCCGCAACAGCAUCGGCGGCGACGCCAACAGCGCGUCGCUGGCCAUCUGGAAGCAGCCGGCAAUCCCGUCGCCGCGCACCGGCCAGGGCAGGAAAGGCCGUCUGACGUCGAUGAUCCCGCCGGCGGGCAAGAUGGAGGAGGCCGGCGUGACGUUCAAGCGCAAGGCGACCCCGCGGGACGUGUUCGACGUCAGCUUCCGGUACGGCGUGCUGCACGUGCCGGCGUUCGUGAUGGACGAGGGCGCCAAGGUGCUGCUCGCGAACCUGGUGGCGUUCGAGCAGGGAGGUGGCCGCGCGGCGCGGCAGCUGGACGCGGGCAACCUGGUGACGGGCUUCGUGGCGCUUGUCGGAUCGCUCGUGAACUCGCGGAGGGACUUGGAGGUGCUCCGCCGGUGCGGGAUCAUGCAUUGCAUGCUGGCCGACGACGACGCCGUGGCCUACUUCAACCACGUGGUACAGUAUACGACCAUGGACUACGACCGGCACCUGCUGGCCUGCCUAUUCAGGGACGUUCGAGAGCACUGCCAUUGGAACAGAUGAUCGCUCUGCAGUACCGUGGUUCCAUUUGGCAUUUGUGUAAUUAUUUAUUUGGAAUUAUAUAUUGAUUUUGUAUCCAUCAAACUAGAGACUAUUUUAGUGGGGAAAGCUAAAGAAUAAUUUGAGUGAUUUCGAGGGAACAAACAGGCCUUUUUUUUGGAAGGCUGGUUUUAGACUAAACUACCACCGUAAAAUCACAGUCCACAGGUCUGUAAAUACAUGUUGGUUGCAAAAUGUUGCUUGGAUGACUGGUUAA